UGUAGUCAUGGGUGUGGAGAUGAAAUGACAAGUUUGUAACCAGGUUUGAACUCUGUGGAGUUACCACUGCUUGAAACUGCAGUUGAACAUAAUAACCAGACACUGACGGGAUUCGAAAAGGAUAUAGUCAAGUUGUUGUCAUUUCUAUUUUAAAGCUGGGGCAAACAUUCGAAUUAUACUUAGUAACUUGUUGAAUUAACUUCACUCUUGGAGAAAGGGGGAGCAUUUCCGUAUGUGGAUGGAAACAAUACUUAUGGUGUUUGAGGUUAACUACUGAGAUAUCCAUUCAGUUUUCACCAAAGAAUCAAGCAGAGAUGUAUUCGGCCAGGUUUGAUGGCGGGGGACAGAACGGGCAACAUGAGCAGGUCACCUUCCUGAGCAGCAAAGACAAGAUGGCGUCUAAAAGGCGGACCGGUGUGCUACUGGGGGUUCUGCUGGCCCUGCUGGUUGUGGUGGCUGUAGUUGGCAUUCUCCUCUGGCUCUUCAUCUUCAAGGAGUCGUCGCCGACCGCCCUCAGUCAGAGGCGUGUCCCGGCUCAGCUCGUGUUCAGCGGGCACAUGAAGCUAGAAGGCAUGCAGUACAACCAGCUCCUGGAGGAUCCCACGAGCGCCAUGUUCAGUGAGCAGGCGGAUAACCUGGAGGAGAUUCUGAAAGUCAACUACAAGAGCGAUCCUUUCCUGUCCAAGUACUACACCAAAUCUAUAGUGACCGCUUUCAGCGAGGGCGUGGUGGCCUACCACUGGACCAGCUUCGACAUCCCCGCCAGCGAGCUGGAGGUUGUGCCCGAGUUCUCCGAGGAGAGGGUUCUGCAGGUGCUGUGGAACAACAUCAGGGACCAGGGCUCCCGCGCCCUGCAGAACGUACGCAUCACCGAAGUGACCGCCUCGCUCACGGAUCCCCGGAUGGCGAUGAACCCCAGAGGCGAGGACUGCUUCUACAAGCUGGAGGCGGUGGAGUCUCCCCACAGUUUUCAGUCUCCAGGCUUCCCAGACAAGUACCCUCCCAGGCUGCGGUGCCAGUGGCAGAUCCGGGCGUCGGAGAACAAAGCCAUCUCCGUCAGCUUCACCCACUUCCACAUCGAGGACGACUGCUCCAACGACUUCCUGUCCAUCUACGACUCGCUGAGUCCGGAUGAGUCCCAGGCUAUUACCGAGAAGUGCGGUCAGAGGCCUCCGUCCAACCCUCUGGAGGUGGUGUCCUCCAGCAACAUCAUGCUGCUCAACAUGAUCACAGACAGCGGCAUCCAGAGACCAGGCUUCAGGGCCGAGUUCAAAGCCAUCCCACCCACCACAGCAGCCAGCUGCGGAAGAGUGCUCAAGGAUGGCAGCGGGACGUUCACGUCCCCCCACUACCCCAGCUUCUACCCCCCCGCCGUGGACUGCAAGUGGAGCGUGGAGGUGCCGGCGGGCCAGAAGGUUCGCGUGAGGUUCACCAUGUUCCGGAUGAAGGAACCGGGCGUAGACACCCGCGUCUGCCACAAGGACUACGUCCAGGUGAUGGACAUCAAGUACUGCGGGGAACUGGCCACCCUCACCCUCACCAGCAACACCAACAACAUGGCGAUAAGCUUCCACUCGGACGAGUCCUUCACUGACAAAGGCUUCGCGGCGGAAUACAGCGCCUACGACCCUGCCAACCCCUGUCCCAACAUGUUUGCCUGCGCCUCCGGGAUGUGCAUCUCCAAGCUCCUUCACUGCGACGGCUGGAACGACUGUGGAGACAUGAGCGACGAGAGGAAGUGCAAGUGUGACAAGGACCAGUUUGCCUGUGACAAUGGCAUGUGCAAGCCCAAGUACUGGGUGUGCGACCGCGUCAACGACUGCGGUGACGAAAGCGACGAGAAGCAGUGCAGUUGCGAACCUACCGAGUGGCGUUGCGGCGACGGGACUUGCGUGUCGCGGGGCGUGGUGUGUGACAAGAGGAAGGACUGCGAGGACGGCAGCGACGAGCUCUCCUGCGAAGAGUCCCCGAGCGUGUGCUCCGACUACAGCUUCAUCUGCAAAGACAAAGUGUGUGUGAACAAGGUGAACGCCGAGUGCGACCGGAUCGACGACUGCGCCGAUCGCUCGGAUGAAAAAGACUGCGCCGAUUGUGGCACCCGGCCUUACAAGCUCAACCGCAUCGUGGGUGGGCAGAACGCCCAGUUGGGGGAGUGGCCAUGGCAGGUGAGCCUCCACUUCCUGACCAACGGGCACGCGUGUGGCGCGUCAAUCAUCUCCAACACCUGGCUCCUGUCGGCGGCCCACUGCUUCAAGACCACCAGCCCCGAUAACCACGUGGCGGCCAACUGGCAGACGUACAGCGGGAUGCAGGACCUGUACAAGACGGAGGGCGUGGAGAUGCGCUCACUGAAGACCAUCAUCACUCAUCCAGACUACAACCCGAUGACGUUCGACUACGACGUGGCCCUGCUGGAGCUGAGUCGGCCGCUGGAGUUCACCAACACCAUCCACCCCGUGUGUCUGCCCGCCCUGUCGCAUGUCUUCCCCGCAGGCUUGGGCUGCUGGGUGACGGGCUGGGGCACCCUCCGGGAAGGAGGCAGUGUUUCUCGGCUGCUGCAGAAGGCCGAGGUGAAGAUCAUCAACGACUCUGUGUGUAACGUGGUGACUGAGGGACAGGUCACCUCCAGGAUGCUCUGCAGCGGCUUCCUGGCUGGAGGAGUGGACGCCUGCCAGGGAGACUCUGGGGGCCCCCUGGUGUGCUUUGAGGAGAGGAGCGGCCGCUGGUUCCAGUCAGGCAUCGUGAGCUGGGGCGAGGGCUGCGCUCGUCGCAACAAGCCCGGUGUCUACACGCGCGUCACCAAGCUCAGGGAAUGGAUCCAGACGACGACGGGGAUUUGAUGACGAAGGGACAGGAGGGAGCCAGCGUGGGGGCCGACGUCGCGGAGCCCAGAAAGAAGAGGGAGGCUGCGUGGAGUGCGAUUGGGGACGAGUCGCACCACGACCGCGAAAGCAGUCGGCCGCCCAGACGCCCUCCGAGUCGAGCCCUCGCCACUGGGCUGGCUUUACUCGGCCACACUCUCACAUCACUGACUCCAAAUGCUUUGAGAUUAGCCUCUCUCUCUCCCUAUCUCUCUCUCCCUAUCUAUCUCUGUCCUUCUUUUUCACUCUCUCUUCCACUUUCUCUCCCUCUAUCCCUUGCGAGCGCUCUCAUUUCCUAUGUCUUGCGCUCUCAUUUUCUCUGGCACACUUUCUCUUUUUUUUCCAUCCCUAUUUUUUCCCCUGUAUCUGGGUUCCUGUUGUAUUUUGUAUUUGUAUUUUUUCUUCGUUGCACAGCAGAGUUUCUACAAUUAAAAAAGACUUUUGCAACCCUAUCAAUCAUGUCAUGUUCCACGAAUAUUCAUGAACAUGUAAAUAAUGAAAUGUGCAUUUUACUGACACUCCACUCCUAUGGCAUUUGCCCAGUUUUAUCCAUGCCGUUGUAAGACUAAACAUAUUCGAAGUGCAGACCAGCACCAAACGAACCAAGGAAGCAGGAUUGAAGAAGGUCGUUUUCGAUUUUGGUUUGAUUUUCCAUCCUAUUUCUUUUCUGUGACGAUCCUGUCCUCUGACAAUUUGCCUCUAUAGUGUAGCUUGACGUGUAUUGGGAUAUUUUGACUUAUUUAUAUGAGACGGAUGUUUGUGUCCUUGUUGCCUUUUGUUAGCGGUGAGUGUAUCUGUGCAUGCUGGUUUCCCUGCAGUAGGACCUGCUAGGCCUCCAGAACCAGGGACGAAUCAGAUGGAGGAUAAGACCCAGGGAAACUGGUCUGCUCUCUCUGUUUGACGGUUAAGCUGAGCCUGAUGGGGUUGUCAGUCCGUGUGUGUGUGUGUGUGUGUGUGUGUGUGUGUGUGUGUGUGUGAGAGCUCAAGCCAAUCAGUGGCAGGGGAUUCUCCGGUUGCCAGAGCAACAAAAUGGGCUCUCACCUCUACCGUGGAGGUCUCUACUCAUUGGUCAAUUCUGGUUCCGCUUUCAACUGUCAAAUUCUUCAUCAGGUUUCUUCCCCCUCACUCCCUACACAAUACAGAUUCUCUCUAAUGUUACAACUAAAAGCCAAAGAUGGGGAACAUGGUAAUGAGAGAACUGAGUGACAUAUAAUCUAAAAUAUAUGAGAUGAGCAAUAUAAUAUGUAGAAAUGUUUUAUUGUCAGUUUUUUUCAUAUUGACACGUUUGGAAUGGCUACUGUAUUUCUCAAACUAUGCAAUCAGGGAGUUAUAUUAUACAUAGAUGUUUGUAUUUUAAUUAAUUAUGUGCACUGCAGUUGCUCGUGUUGUUUGUGGACUGUGGAUCUCUGCCUCGUCCCCUUCAAAAUGUUUUGUUUUUAUAUGACAGAUUUAUGAUUCAUUAAACAUCCUUUAUCUGAA